CGCGGUGGCUCAUGGGAACAGAGUAUGCAAAAUAGGUUUUGGUUCGGCCCCGCCUGGGAGGUUGGGAUGGGAGAAGAAACCGGGAGAGGGGAAAGGGAGGAGGAGGCCGGCUGAAGGGCGGGGCCGUUCCUCCAGUGUCCCAGGAUUCCCUGCGGGCGGAGGCGUCUCGUCAGCAGGGCCGCGGUCGCGGCGGCGGAGGCGACGAAUGGUGGCCUGUAGGGAUCCGUGAGGAGGCGGCGGCGCGGCCGGAGCAGGAGGAGUGAAGGCGGCCGGAGCGAGGGGCGGGGGCGGGGGCGAGCACCCGGCGGGAGCGCGGCGGCCCGGGAGGGGUCCAAUGGCGGCUGGGCCGCCGGCCCCGCGAGCCCCGGCCUUCUAGCGGCCCAGCGCAGGAUGUCGGAGCACCCGCCGCCGCCGGCGGCCCCGCCCGGCCCCGGGAACACCCCGGGCAGUGGCCCGGCCAAUUCAGCCGCGGGCGCCGGGCCCGGACCGGGGGGGGCGGCGGCCGGAGGCGGUGGGGCCGGGACCCCCCGCGGGCCGCGCACCCCCAACCUCAACCCCAACCCCAACCCGCUCAUCAACGUGCGCGACCGGCUCUUCCACGCGCUUUUCUUCAAGAUGGCCGUGACCUACUCGCGCCUCUUCCCCCCAGCCUUCCGCCGCGUCUUCGAGUUCUUCGUGCUACUCAAGGCACUCUUUGUGCUUUUCAUCUUGGCCUAUAUCCACAUUGCCUUCUCUCGCACCCCUAUUAAUUGUUUGGAACAUGUGCGAGACAAGUGGCCCAGAGAUGGUAUCCUCCGAGUAGAAAUUCAACACAACUCCAGCCGGGCUCCCAUCUUCCUCCAGUUUUGUGAUGCUGAGAGCUUCCCAGGCAUGGUGAUAGAGUCUGAGGAAGAAGAGGAGGAGGAAGAAGAAGAUGAAAUGACAGUAGAGAUGUUUGAGAACAGCUCAAUCAAGUUUGAGCUGGACAUUGAACCAAAGGUGUUCCUGAAGCCUUCCCGGGUGAGCAACCCUGAAGCAUUGACCCAGAUGGCCAAGAAUCAAAGCCAGGAGCUUUCCUUCACUGAGGCGACGACUAAAGUAUGGCCCCAAGAAGAGUACAUAGUGGAGUAUUCCCUGGAGUAUGGAUUUUUACGAUUGUCUCAGAGCACUCGGCAGCGCCUCAGCAUCCCAGUCAUGGUGGUGACGCUAGAUCCUACGAGGGAUCAGUGCUUUGGAGACCGAUUUAGCCGUUUGCUCCUGGACGAAUUCUUGGGUUAUGAUGAUGUUUUGAUGUCCAGUGUGAAAGCCCUAGCAGAAAAUGAAGAGAACAAGGGUUUCCUGCGCAAUGUUGUAUCUGGAGAGCACUAUCGCUUUGUCAGCAUGUGGAUGGCAAGAACUUCCUAUCUGGCUGCUUUUGUCAUUAUGGUCAUAUUUACUCUGUCAGUCUCGAUGCUCCUGCGGUAUUCACACCACCAGAUUUUUGUCUUUAUUGUGGACCUCCUACAGAUGUUGGAGAUGAACAUGACGAUCGCCUUCCCCGCUGCACCCUUGCUCACAGUGAUUUUGGCUCUCGUCGGUAUGGAAGCCAUCAUGUCUGAGUUCUUCAACGACACAACGACUGCGUUCUACAUCAUCCUCAUCGUGUGGCUGGCCGACCAGUACGAUGCCAUCUGCUGCCACACCAACACCAGUAAGAGGCACUGGCUGAGGUUCUUCUACUUGUACCACUUUGCUUUUUAUGCUUAUCACUACCGAUUCAAUGGCCAGUACAGCAGUUUGGCCCUCGUCACUUCUUGGCUCUUCAUCCAGCAUUCCAUGAUCUACUUUUUCCAUCAUUUUGAGUUGCCAGCCAUCCUCCAGCAGAUCCGCAUCCAGGAAAUGUUGUUGCAGAACCAGCAGAUCGGCCAGGGCACCCAAACAGCCCUACAGGACAAUCUCAACAAUAACACUGCAGCCACGACGAUGGCCCCUGGGAGUCCCAGGCCCUCUCUACAGAAUGGGAGCAAUAGCCAGUCAGCCCCCGGGGAGGGGUCUGGCCCCACCUCCGCCUCAGUAGGAGGCGAACUGAACUGGAUGGCUGAGACAGCCACCAUCUUCACGGACCCUUCAUUUCUCUCUGAUCUGAGCGCCUCCCUCCUAGAGCAGAGAGCAGGACACGGAGCCCUGGCCAACGGAAGUCCCUCCAGUGUCCCAGUCACCGCCACCUCCCCUGGCCUAGUUGCCCAAAUCCGAGUUAGUGAGAGCCCCGGAGCCACCACUAGCUCUAUCACCAUUGAGGUGACAUCAGCAACAUUGGUCACCCCCCAGGCAGAAGGUACAACCCCUGAGCCUCCUGCCUCCUCCCCGGCCCACUCCUCGGGCACCCCCGAGCCUCCUGCCUCCUCCCCGGUUCACCUCUUGGGUACCCCUGAGCCGGCUGCUCCCCUUGCUGAUCAGACUAGGGCCAGUUCACUCUCACUGGGGGGCCAGGACACGAUCAGCGGCUCUGAGAAUAGUGCCCCCAAGGUCCUUGCCCGAGGCCCUACCUCAGACAAAUGUGUGAGCCCAGACCUUCAGGCCACACAGGGGAGCCAUCCUGGUUCCACAGACAGCAGCACCCCCUCCCACAUGCUUUCAGAAGCAGAGUUGAGGAGCCCCUCUUGAGCUCUCUUACACAUCCUUGAUAGGGCAGAGGGAAUCUCUCUGUUCCUGUCAGACACUGGCUCUCUUUUUCCCCAACCAGAUUCAGAUGAAUUUUUAAAAUUAUUUUUAAACCCACUGAGUGAAGGCAGCUUGGGCCUUAACUCCCCAGGGGCAGUUGGUCCCAGCUGUUUCCCCCUAGGCUCCACGGGAAGAUGUGUGUGACCUGACCUCCGCCAUCUCCAGAGCAGCUGGUUUCUUUGUCCAACUCCUGGCCUAAAUCUGGGGGGCUUCCUUGCACCACUAUUCUUGGGUUUCUUUUUCCCCUUCUUUUGUCUGGGAAUGUGCUCCUGCCUCCCCUUCUGGAUGCCGGACUUUAUUGGAGCUCAGGAUAGAAGCUCCCCAUAUCCUUGCUUUGUGCAGACGUGUCCUGUUCCUGGUGAUUUCAGCUCUUCUUCCCUUCUGGGGCAGGUGGCUUUUUUCACAAGAGAGCUAUUUUUUUCCCCUUUGAUUGGAGGAGCCCUGGAGGGGAGACCUCUCUACUCAGUCUCUGGGAAUUGUUAGAAUUGGGUUUCGUCUACCACCAUGAGCUCAGCGUCUUCUCGGUCCUCCAAGGCAGCAAGAGCUAGGGCUGUGGUGUGGGGCUUGGAGAAGUGCCAAGGGUGGGGAAAGGGCAGGAGGAAGAUGCCCCGUUGGGACCUAGUGAGGGUUGGGUGAGGCAGACUAGGAGGGGUCUGGUUUGGCCCCUACACUGGCCUAGUAGGAGCAGACAAAAGGUCCAGGAAGAGAUGGAGUUGUACAUCUCCAUGGAGAGAGCGCCUUUGGCAGCCCCUUUUAUCCCUCCCACUCCCAGCUGGUCCCCUCCUAAAGCCCCAGAUGAAGAGAAUUGGUCCCUAAGCGAUCAGCGAUGGUUGAGAGUAGAUUUGGCUUGGGGCUGAAAUGCAGAAAUUUGGAGCAAAAGGCCAAGAGCUGCGAAGGCCAGCCUUCAGCCAGCAUGCACACACAGGGCCAGGAAGGAGAGGAGUGAGACCUUCGGCAUGGAACCUUACUGGCCGCUGCUUCUCCCUCUCCAUCUUCCCUCCACAGGCGUCUCUGCUUGGUGCUUGGAGCUCAGUGCCUUUUCUUGGGCCUGGAGGGUGGCUUAUUCUCCCUGCCUCCUCCUAGCUGGAGCCUGACUUUCCCAGCAACUUUUUAAGGAGAAAAUCUGCAAGAGUCCUGUGGAAGUAGUGGCAGUUCCAGGGUGAGCCUGGGAUUUUCUACCCAGUGGAAGCAGUAUGGUGCCCGCAGGCCAUUUCUUCGCUCUCUGGGGAGUACCUGAUUACUCUGAAUAAAGCAGUUGCUUCCCGACAGCUGAAAGGGGGCAGUUGAGGCAAAGGCUACCCUGCUGCUGCUCAGGAGUCCCUAAAGUGGCCUGAGAAGAGAAAGUGAGAGACCGGGUGUGUGCAGAACUCUAUAGUGAGGGUGGGGAAAAGGCAUCCCCAGACCUGUAGAACUGAGCACCAUGUGAAGCCAGUGAGUGACAGCCAUAAGGAAUCUUGUUCAUUUGAGGCAGAAUGUGACUUGAGGUGUCCCCGUGUAUCCUGUUCCCCACCCUGUACCUGCUUACAGAGCUGUACCUGGCAAAAUUUUCUAUGUAUAGGGGAAAUGUAUGAGUGAGUAUCAUGGCUCUGGGAACCAGAAUUCAGUGGGAAAACUGGUCUCCCCGGCUCGGGAAAUGGACUUGAACAGUUUCUGGGUCCCAACCUCCACCAGUCAAAAGCAAUGAAAGAUUAUGGGGAGUUGGGAGGGCAGUCUCCUGUCCAGAUCCCUCCUGCUGCUGCUUUGGAAAUUGACUUGCUCUCUCUGGACCAACGUGAGAGCUUUGGACAACAAGCCGGAGGUGGAGUAAAUCAACCAAAUCACUUGGUGAGGAAUGAAAAAUAAAAAAUUCAUUCCAUUCUAUUUAAUUGUAAUGUACAAAAAUUGUGUUUGUAUAUAUAAUAAAUAGUCUAUCUAA